GCUGGAUGCUGUUUGCUGCUGAUGUUACUGGGAGAGUGCAAUGUUGUGCCAACCACCAUUGGAAUAAAUAUAACUGUGGGAAUAAAGGUGAUUUUGCUCAUCAUCUCCCACCACUUCCUCCUCCCGUCUUCCAUUCAUGAGCAGCGUGGCUGAGUUUAACAGCGGCAGCCAUGGAUGACAAGGGCUCGGUGGGGAAGAUUAGCGUGUCUUCGGACUCAGUGUCCACUCUCAACAGUGAGGACUUUGUCCUUGUGUCCCGGCUGGGGGACGAGACACCCUCCUCCACUAAUAAUGGUAGUGAUGACGAAAAGACAGGACUGAAGGUGAUUUCUGAGGAAGGGGUCAGCUUUAAGAUUGUGGGGAAUGGAAGUGAGCAGCAGCUCCAGAGGGAGUUAGAGGAUGUCCUCAUGGACCCAUCGGUAGCUGACACUGGGCUGGGACCGGAAACAGGGAUGGACAGUCUUGGUGGGGGCGACCGUGGCCUCCUUCCCACUACAGCGUCACCUGUACUGCCAGGUUCUGACCCUCUGAGCUCACCCCCGCCCAAGUUGGAAAUGGUGCUUCCUGUUCAGACGGCUCAGGAGAGUGAGCUGAAUGAGAGGUCGUACCGAGCAGAUGAAUCAUCAUCAGAGGGCAGUCCUAGCAGUCCCAUUCCAGAUGAGGACAGCGUUGUGUUCAGCCAGCUGACAUAUCUGGGAUGUGCGUCAGUCAACGCCCCCCGCAGUGAGGUGGAGGCCCUUCGUAUGAUGAGUAUCCUCAGAGGGCAGUGCCAGCUCCCCCUGGAUGUCACACUGUCCGUGCCAGGCGUGUCUGAAGGCACUGUCAGGUUGUUGGACCCCCACAACAGUACGGAGAUUGCCAACUACCCUAUCUACAAGAUUCUGUUCUGUGUGCGGGGUCAUGAUGGCACGCCAGAGAGCGACUGCUUUGCCUUCACCGAGAGCCACUACAAUGCUGAGAUCUUCAGGAUCCACGUGUUCCGCUGCCAAAUCCAAGAAGCGGUCAGUAGGAUACUGUAUAGCUUUGCCACAGCGUUCCGGCGGUCAGCUAAGAAGGCAGUUCUGUCAUCUCAGCAGACGGCUCCGCUCACCCCUGACAGUGACUUGUUUACCUUCACUGUCAGCCUUGAGAUCAAGGAGGAUGAUGGAAAGGGUACCUUCAGCGCUGUAGCAAAAGACAAGGACAAGCAGAGCUUCAAGCUGCGUGCAGGAAUGGACAAGAAGAUAGUGAUUUAUGUCCAGCAGACCUCCAAUAAGGAACUAGCCAUCGAGAGGUGUUUUGGACUCCUGCUCAGCCCGGGGAAAAAUGUGAAGAACAGCGAUAUGCACCUGCUAGACCUGGAGUCAAUGGGAAAGAGCUCUGACGGGAAGUCUUACAUCAUCACAGGAAGCUGGAACCCCAACACGCCUCAGUUCCAGGCUGUGAAUGAGGAAACGCCCAAAGAUAAAUUCAUGUACAUGACGACAGCAGUGGACCUGGUGAUUACAGAGGUGGAGGAGCCAGUCCGUUUUCUGCUGGAGACGAGGGUCAGAGUGUGCUCCCCAAAUGACAGGCUGUUCUGGCCCUUCAGCAAGCGUAGCUACACUGAGACCUUCUACCUUAAACUACGCCAGAUGGAGCGUAAGGAGCGUAAGAGUCCUGCCUCUGACACACUUUAUGAGGUGGUGAGUUUGGAAAGUGAGACUGAGAGAGAGAAACGGAAGACCACAGCCAGUCCUGGCAUCCUGCCCACCGGGCCUGGUACCAUGGUUCCAUCACCACCUGAGGAUGAUGAAGAGGAAGAUAAUGAUGAGCCGUUACUCAGUGGAUCAGGUGAUGUUUCCAAGGAGUGUGCAGAGAAGAUCCUGGAAACCUGGGGAGACUUGUUAUCCAAGUGGCAUAUGAACCUAUCAGUACGUCCAAGGCAGCUGCCAGCCUUGGUGCGGAGUGGCAUUCCUGAGGCUCUUCGUGGGGAGGUGUGGCAGCUCCUGGCAGGCUGCCAUAACAAUGACCACCAGGUAGAGGAAUACCGCACUCUUAUAACAAAGGAGUCCCCUCAGGACAGUGCCAUCACCAGAGACAUUAACAGGACAUUCCCAGCUCAUGACUACUUCAAAGACACUGGAGGAGAUGGACAAGACUCCCUCUACAAGAUCUGCAAGGCUUACUCUGUUUACGAUGAGGAGAUUGGCUACUGCCAGGGACAAUCCUUCUUGGCUGCUGUGCUGCUGCUGCACAUGCCAGAGGAGCAAGCUUUCAGUGUGCUGGUCAAGAUCAUGUUUGAUUACGGGCUCAGGGACCUUUUCAAGCAGAACUUUGAAGAUCUGCAUUGCAAAUUCUUCCAACUUGAGAGACUCAUGCAGGAAUACAUACCAGACCUUUACAACCAUUUCCUGAACGUUGGCCUAGAGGCUCACAUGUACGCCUCUCAGUGGUUCCUCACCCUCUUCACAGCCAAGUUCCCUCUCUACAUGGUCUUCCAUAUCAUUGACCUGCUACUGUGUGAGGGCAUAAGUGUGAUCUUCAACGUAGCCUUGGCACUUCUGAAGACAUCAAAAGACGACCUGAUUCAAACAGACUUCGAGGGUGCACUCAAAUUCUUUCGUGUCCCGGUUCCAAAGAGGUACCGCUCUGAGGAAAAUGCAAAGAAACUGAUGGAGCUGGCCUGUAGCAUGAAGAUCAGCCAGAAGAAGCUGAAGAAAUUUGAGAAGGAGUACCACACCAUUAGAGAGCAGCAGGAGCAGCAGGAGGCCCCCAUCGAGAGAUACGAGCGGGAGAACCGCCGUUUGCAAGAGGCUAACAUGCGUUUGGAGCAGGAGAAUGACGACCUGGCACAUGAACUAGUCAGCAGCAAGAUAGCUCUGCGCAAAGACCUCGACAACGCGGAGGAAAAAGCAGACGCGCUGAAUAAAGAGUUGCUGCUGACCAAACAGAAACUGGUGGACUCUGAGGACGAGAAGAGACGACUGGAGGAAGAGUCUGCACAGCUGAAGGAGAUGUGCAGACGAGAGCUUGACAAGUCUGAAUCAGAGAUUAAGAAGAAUGGCUCCAUUAUUGGAGAAUAUAAGCAGAUCUGCUCCCAGCUGAGCGAACGACUGGAGAAACAACAGACAGCCAACCGAGAAGAGCUGGAGAAAAUCCGGUCUAAAGUGGAAGGCUGCGAGAAGUGCAGCAGUCUUUUCAACAAAGAGGGUCGUGUGCGGGCCGCCGUGACCACGGCGCCUGCCGGAGGGACCGAGGAGACCGAUGAGGAGAAGGAGGGUUUGAAGAAUCAGCUGAGAGAGAUGGAGCUGGAACUUGCCCAGACCAAACUGCAGCUUGUGGAGGCUGAGUGCAAAAUCCAGGACCUGGAGCACCACCUGGGUCUGGCCCUCAACGAGGUGCAGGCCGCAAAGAAGACCUGGUUCAACCGAACGCUCAGCUCCAUCAAAACCGUCACUGGGACCCAGGGCAAGGAGACCACCUAACCUGAUAACCCCCAUCCACCCAGUUUUACCCAGACCAUGUCUGGAGCUCAGUGCAACUCACCACGCUGAAACCUCUGGACCCCUAAACUUAACCCACUGGGCCAUAACUUUAACUCGAACAUUGACCGUUAAAACCCAGGAUGACCAUUACUACAGACUGUGUUACUUAUCAAAAAUGUCCUUGUGUCUCCCCGUUCCCACGUCUACUGAUCUAAUCACCCCCACCCGUUUCUUCCCCUCCUCACCCCAAAUGACUACAGCCAACCGUGCUGAUGAGAAGGGGUUGAAAAACAUAAGAUGAAGUACAAUGGUACCACUUUCCCUAGAGAAACAAUGUGCUUCCACCGGUCACAGAGAGAAAAGUGUAAAAAAAUAAGAAAAAAAAUGAGAAAUGCUUCAUUGAUUUCUGUCUUUGUACUGCUGAUAUUAAAGACCGGCAGAAGGAAGGUAGGACAUCUGGACUGUACCUGUCCUGAUGGGAUAGAGAAGAAAACACUCCGUCCUUCCUUACUCUUCUGCGUGCUCCCCUCUAAACUACUGGCACAAACCAACCAGUCCCUGUAAAAUGUUUGUUUUAGGUACGAGAGCUGAUAUACGCCUUUUCAAACUCAGCUUUUUCUAAUUUACGUUGAACAAUACCUUUCUUUUUCUUUGUAUGUACAUGAAUGUGCUUAUGUAAAGAGGAUACGUGUGUAAGUGUGUGUGUGUGUGUGUGUGCGCGCGCGCACGCAUGUUUUUCGUUUUGUGUUGAUUGUGAGGUGUAUGUGUUCAUGUGUGUGAGACUGGAUAAAAUGUGUUUGAAUGCAUAAGUAAUUGACUGAAAUAACUUUAAGCUGUGUGUAAAAGAGAAAGAGAAACGGACUGUGUGGAAGUCCAAGGGAAAGAAAAAGCACUAAGGUAAUGAAUGUGUGCAUGCAUGUAAGGGAAAACAGUUUUUCCUGGUUGUCUAGUUUCCUGAAAUGUCCAAAUGUGUAUAUGAAUGAUGCUAAAGAGAAGUUUGCUGACGAAGCCUUGAUCUGAAGGUCGAUAAAGGUGAUGCUAGUAGAUAUGAAUAUGUCAUUUACAGUAAAAACAGAAUCUUAAAAGCUGCUGUAACUAUGAACAGCAGCAUAACUUUCCUCACAUCAAAUUUCAGACAUAAAACAUGCCUGAGGUUUGUUUGGUUUGGAUCUCCCAGCACAAAGAAACUUCAAAAGCUCCAAACCAUGAAAACCUCUGCAUGUAUUAUACAGUGUGUGUGUGUGUGUGUGUGUGUGUGUAAGAACAUCAUCACGAACCCUAAACAGAAGUGUAAAGUCAGAAUGGAAAACACACACACACACACACACACACACACACACACACACACACACACACACACACACACAAACAGAAAGUUGCAAUUCCUGCUGUAUUUGAACACACCCUUGAAACCCACCUCCCUCUUUCUGUGCACCAGCUGCUCUGUGAUCUUUGACCUCGACUGGCAGUGUCAUGUUUGAUAUAUUGUUGAGCAGGGUGGCAGGCUGUGCUGUGUUUACUGUAGUUUUUACAGUUCACUCAGACUGCAGGGGAAUCUCUUUUACCACUACACACACAAGCACUGAAUUACAAUUUCCACACACACUUUAUAUUUAUAGAGGCAGGUACAGAACAAACACUCAGUGGCCACGUCAUUAGGAACACCUGACGUGGUCAAGACAUUUGGUUACUUCUUGUGAAAAUAUUAGGAAGACAUGGUCUGAAAGAUGCAAGACCAGGCUGGUUGAGCAGCAGAACCUGUGGUUAGAGGAAAAUAAAGCGAGGGAGGUCAGAAAAGAUGUUUAAAACUAAGAGGAAGGCCACAAGGACACAGAUAAGUGCAGCACAGUGUACCAGCAGAGUUCAGAGGGACAUCUCGCAAUGUAUGAUUCUUGGCUUGAUUUUUGUUUCUGCUGCCGACAUCUAUUGUAAAAAGAACGAUGAGGCGAUGUGGGCCUGGUGAUCGCCAAAAGCAGGUGAUUGAUGAUUAUAAAUCUCUUGAAUCCCGUGUUGAAUCAAAGGUACAACCUUGUGGUGUAAUAGUGGGGAGAGUGUUUUCUCGGCUUACGUUAGCGUCCGUUAAUGUCACUGGAAUACCGCAGCGUACAAUAGCAUUGUUACUGUCCAAGUGCAUCUCUACAUGGCCGCGUGACAAAGCUGCUCAUCAGGCACACGACAGAAACUUGUGCUUAUUCCAGUUGCAUGCACCCAACUCAGUAGAGCACCUUGGGGAUGAGGUUCGGCUCGCAAAAAUCUGCAGAAUUGAGCGACUAUCGAACCAGCUUGGAGCAAAAUCCCUGUGAAACAUUUCAAACACGGUCAUGCCUCAAAGAAUUCAACUUGUUCAUGAGGGAGAAAAAAAAACAGAUUUUACCCAGAACUGAGAAAGUUUAAAUAUUGAAGUGGCCACUGAGUGUGUAUAUUCACAUACUAUUGUAAAUGUAGAGGCAGGAGAGACACAAAUAAAAAUACUUGUCAACUGCAAAACAUGUAACUCUGAACCUAAAGCAUGGAUCAAUACCACAGGAGUUACACCAUCAGUUGCAGGACUUCAGAGCAAUGUCUUCAGAGGUCAAAGUGUGGGUCAAACUGGCAAGCACUCCAAAUCAGGCCAGAGAGAACAGAGGGGGGUUUAAAAUAGUUUUUGUGUGUGUGUGUUUUCAUAUUUAAAUGAAUAGGAAGGAGGCUCAACAAUAUUCAAAUUUCUGUUCGUAGUUCAAUAUUCAUAUUAGAGUGGGGGAAAAAAAGCCGUAUUUCUUUUGCCAGCCUAAAAUUAACCGUUACUGUAAAUUGCAUCUAACUUGAAGGUGAAAUCUGAUUGGCUGGAAUCUACUUGUGAUGUCAGAGGAAAAGUCUGAGUGAGAUGGAAAGAAACAAAGGGCCAUUCCUCUAAAGGCACUGGGUUGUAUAUAACAAACAUUAAAAAAAAAUGAAUAUAGAGUUUUUGUUUAUGAUUUUCUACUCUGUAACUAUAACUAAUGUUGCCUACUUGUACCUACCUACCUGCUGCCGUGCUACAGUUUAAAACCACAACUACGUUUUAUGUUUUUAAUGUUUAUUUUGCUCCAAGCUUCUCAGUCAGACUGCUGUUUGGUUAAUUAAAUGCCAAAACGUAGCUUUAUCAUCCAACAACAGAAACAUUAUCAAUGUGUGGAAAUUGUAAUAGUGUAGGAUGCAUUGUGUAUACUUCAUGAAUUUCAAUAUAAAGAUA